AUGGCGCCUUUGUAUCCUCGACAGAUCAUUCACUCACUGACUCCAACUCCUCCCCAUCUUCCCGAAGACCCGCCUACCUCGUCGGCCUCGAACCCCGAGCACGCCAGCCCCUUGGUGCUUGGCGAGCUUUUAGCAGUCACCUUUGCCAUCUUCGUACUAGCGGUACUGUUAUGGAAGAUUGGUCGAUUCAUCCGUUCUUUCAACAAGCACAAGGUGCUGCGUGAAGGGAAGCCUCCGACGGCUCGAUAUGCGCGAACAUGGUACGGCUGGGUCUCCCUGAACACCCACAAACGGAACAAGAGAGUUGUCUACCGAUGCUUUACCCGACUCCGAGAGUGGACGGCGUGGAAGUCAACCAGGGCGGACUAUCGCUGGGUAUGGUGGGAUCCCGAGCAGAAGGAAAUGCAACGUCGUCGGCGCGAACGGCGGUUUCUCAGAUGGCUACCCGAAUGGCUUCAGAGCUAUGAUUAUAGCCCGGCGGAUGGCUUCUGCCCUUCGCAACCCUUGCCCACAUGCCGUGGUGCCAGGAGGGAUCGCAAUGCAACAUCGGUUUCUUCCAUCGUCGUCAAAUCCUUGAGAGAACCGCAGCUGGCCAAUCCGAUUCGAGAUCUGCGAUCUAGUCAUAGGGUACAGCAGGGAGAAAGGCAGGUUAAAUUUCCUCGAGUCUUCAGCACCGGUGAUUGCGCCUUUGAUGAGGGCAUGCAAUGCCAUUCGUUGUGUCUGAGAGCAGUGGCCGCUAAAGUUCGGCCAUUGACGGAGAAUAUCACUCUCUUCCAGCGUGCUUGCCACUUUUCUCACAACAUGGCUCCUUGGGCAUCCUGCCACGAACAUCGGUCUAGCGGUCAGCCAACGAACUUGUUUGCACAGAACAAUAUCCUGCAACCGAGUCCGCCAGAUGACUAUGGACAAACAUGGGUAAAAUCCCGACAGGAUAAAAAAGCACUGCAAUUGCCAUCCACGUCCCAGCAUCGACGUCUACAUAGAUACCGGAUGUGGUCAGCGAGGAUGCAGAUGCAAACUGAAAGCCCUGGGCGGAACCGGGGUGCAACUUCAUGCCCUCCCGGAACCCCAGUUACUGAGUUUCUGCCCAGCUGUCCGUCGGAUCGAACUGCCGCCUCUCGUGCCUCAGGCUCAAGUCAAAGAAAGGAGUGCAGUGGGCAUCAGUGGGAGUCGUGUGAAAAAGGAUUCCGAGUGACUGAGGGCAUGCUUAUGCGACGACAAAUGUGGCUGCUGGCUAUCAACCGUGCGGACUCUGAGUCCAUGAAAUGGAAUUCGGCACCCGCAAGGGUUCAAUUGUCGAAAGGGCCAUUGGCCCGGGCUGCCGUGCCGUUAGAACAGCAGGAAUGGCAACUGAUGCGACAGUCUAAAAGGGACGUGGAUAUCCUUGUUACUAGCGAGAUGAUGCGCCUCGACGACACAGUCUACAAUUCCAAAGUCUCCAAAUGCCCACAGGCUUUAAGUACACCGGAAAGACAAGAGCGCAAGGAGGACUUGUGUGACUGGGAAGUCCGGAUGUUGCACAGGUUGAAUCGAAAACUGGUAUGGCUUUUCAAUGAACUCACUCCGGGCCAAAAGCCCUAUCAUUUUGCGCUUCUCGCCAACCACUGGCUGAACAGGGAAACAUGGCUGGUGAUCGACCCCGUCUCGAGAGUCCCGAUAGAUGCGCGCCGCGAAUGGGGGGACCCUCGCUUCAACGUCCCAUACCUCCAGCCAACUUUCAGCCCCAAACCGAAGUACCCCGUUGUCCCGAGGACAGAAACUCGCAUUCCUCGCGUCGAGUCAUGGCGGGUGGCGGUCAACCAGCAAAGAAAGGCGUCGGGGAUUCGAGACGCGAUUCGGACUGUGGAAUUAUAUGAAGAAUCAGCGGAUGAGCCGCCAGACGGGCAUAUCGAUCCGGCCUGUUGGAUUUUACGCAAACCCCCUCAGGGGUUUGAGUUGUCGACACGACAGAAAACUGCCUGGUACGAGGGGGUUGCCGGAUGGCAAGAGAAGCUCGACGAUUGGCAACAUGUCCGGCAUGGAUACCUUAUGCACAAGCUGAUAUAUGGAGGCCGAGUCAAUCGAACAUGGCUCAAAGAGGUCGCGGCGCAAAUCAACAAGCCACUCCAAUUGGUUCAUGACAAAGGGUCUGUACACAAGAUUCACCAGGAGAUUUGA